CAUCGAGGAGGAGGUGGUGGACCAAGUGAUGGAUGCCGCCUGCAAAUCCUACCUAGAACGGCAGUGCAUUCCGUACGCAGUGAACAGGGCACGGCAGACCAUACUCCAUGUGGUCCAGAUGAGAUUUGUGCCCCAGGAUGAGGGAGAACCCCACCUGGCAGAGGACCCCACGUGGGCGGAGGACGAGGAACCCUCACCUUGCCCGACUGACACCUGGGCUCUGGGAGCCUUGCCCGUGCGGUGCGCGCCCUCCUCGGUGGAAGGGAAGACCAGCCGAGGCAAAGACAGCCCCGCCCCAGCUCCUUCCCACCUCCCGCCCCCGCCCCGCCGCGUCUCUGUUCUCUUCAGCGCCUCUCUGGGCUGCUCCUGCCUUAGUUCCUCUGUCUUCUGUGCCCGCGUCUCGCCGUCAGUUUUCUUCCCUCUCCCGCCUGGGGUUCCCAUCUGAGAGCUGGCUUGCAGCCCCAGCCUCCAGUUCCCUACUUUAAACCUAGGCCUACCGUCGCCAGGCUUCAGUUCGAAGCUGACCUUCCACAGUCCUGGCCUCUGCAUUCUCGCCACGCACCUGGGGCUCCCCUCUGUGGCCGGCAGCCCCAGAUCCAAACUAUGGCCAGGUGCCAAGUGGCCCAGCGGCUGGGAGGGGGAGGUCGAGUUGCUGGGUGAGCUAUGGGUGGGCCGCACCCGUGUACUCCCGCAGGGCCUGGACCCCAAGGAUCAGAAGAGCCAGGAUCUUCAGAAGGGGCCUCACCCUGCGCCUGGACUUCUCAAGGCCAAGUCCCAGGUGGUGAGGAAGCCCAUGUUGCUGCCAAAAGCGCCGAAGAUGGCUCCUGGUGUGAGCAUGUGGAAACCAGCCACCCAGGAGCUGCUUAGCCCUGCUGAACCUCAACAGGAGGACAAAGAGGGCAGCACCUCUCGUCCCAUCCACAUGGGUGCCCCAGAACCCAAGGUGAUAGUGGCACAGCUAACAGAAAAGUCAGGUCCCCAAAUAUCAUCACUCCCCUCCAAGCACCCGCCCCAUCCUGGGCCGUGAACCUCAGGCAGUGGGAAUCUGCCUGCCUUCUGUCUGUCUGCCAGAAAUAAACACCUGACUUGCUUUAAGAAUU